AUGGAUACAUCGUAUUUGGCCGAUGACAACGAUUCCGAGAUUACACUUUAUGUCCGGCAGCUGAUGACUGCUCUUGGCCCACUGUUGGGAGUGUUUAUGGCGGGUUUGUCAUCGGGAUACAGUGCUGUGCUUCUGCCGCAGUUACAUUCACCGAGAUCGACAGACAACCGGAACACGACGAGUUUUAUUAACGAUGGGGAGAAGAUCAGGGUGUCUACGAUCGACGAGGAAUCUUGGAUCGCCUCUUCAGUCGUUCUACCGAUGGCGCCGGGUUGCUGGUUAUCGGGAUACAUGAUGGAGAGCCUGGGCAGAAAGAGAUCCACGGUUAUAUUGUUGCCUAUGUACCUGAUCGCGUGGUUGACGAUCAGUCUAGCUAACAACGUCACUUGUCUCAUAAUCGGAAGAUUGAUCUCCGGUUUCUGUGCCGGGCUCAUGGGGCCCCUGAUCCCGGUCUACAUCAGCGAGACGUCCGACCCUGUUCUACGCGGAGUCUUACUGAGCCUGAUCAGUAUGACACUGUCAACCGGGAUUCUGACGGUUCACGCAGUCGGUACAUGGCUGGACUGGAGGACGACCGCGUAUAUCUCUGUGGCCUUCGCGGUAAUCAGUUGUCUGACCUGCAUCGGUGCCCGUGAGAGUCCCACUUGGCUGGUAAACAAAGGUCUGAGGGACUCAGCGAUCGAUUCGUGGGUGUAUCUACGGGGAUGGAGAUCGUUGGGCGAGUACGAGGCGUUGGAAAACUCGAAGAAAGCCGGACGGAAGUCUGUCAAGCGAUCUGUUUAUUCCAAGUUAGGGGAUACCUUGUCCUCCAGAUACUUUUUGUUACCUCUGGCGGUGUUGCUCGUGUUCUUCUUCACUGCCCAGUUCUCUGGGUUCAACGUCGUGGUGUUCUAUUCCGUUGAUAUGCUCAAAGAGGUCACUGGACCAGAGAAUGGGUAUAUUGGGACGUUGAUUAUGGACGUGAUUCGUCUGAUCACCAGCAUCGUCGUGUGCUUUUUGAUUCAGUAUUGGGGCAGACGGACUUUGACCUUGCUGUCCGGUUAUGGAACUGCUUUUGCCUUGUUUCUGCUUAGUUUCAGUUUGUUCUUCGAUAUUGGCAGACCGUGGUUUACGGGUGUUCUAUUGAUGCUUUACACCGUGUUUCUGACAUUGGGCCUGGCGCCUCUGCCGUGGAUACUUUGCGGAGAACUGUUCCCUCGGAAGUUCCGAGGUCUCGGGUCUGGUCUCACGUCGGGCUUCGCGUUCACUUGCUUCUUCGUGGUCGUCAAAAUCGCGCCGUGGAUGUUCGAGUCGUUAGAACCGUACGGAACUUUUAUGGUUUACGGUGUCGUCUCGCUCCUCGGGACCAGUUUCUUGUACUUCGCGUUGCCGGAAACGAAGGAUAAAACCCUGCAGGACAUCGAAAGGUGUUUCGACAGGAAGUCGGGCAACAAUCCGGAAAAUGGGAACACGGAGAUUCCGAUGAUCGUGCGGAAAGUUAAUGGAUAA